CUCUGAAGUUGAGUCCCCACAAUGUGUUUGAGUAAACAGACAUAUGUCCCCACAAGGUCGGUAAUACAAGAACACAUACACACAGAAUUGUUUAUUUUCAAAUUUUUUCAAAUUCGACCAAUCAAAGCAACGGGAUUAUGGAAGGGAAUGAUGUCAUAAUGUGCCUUUGAAAUUUAGAUCAAAGGAACAUGAUGUCACUAGUGUGUGAAACUGCUUCUACACUGGAUGCCUAUCUCAUUUACACACACGCCUAGUAAAUUGGUUACUUGGACGUAACAAUGGAAAAACGCACAGACAUGUCGGAUGACCUACCUGAGAAGACUUCAAUGGACAGCAGAAGUACACUUGGAAAAACAUUGACCACUGAAGAUAUUAAAGAGGUUGUGAGGAUGUUUCGAGAGGCUGAUGCUGAUGGAUCUGGAGGGCUGGACAUGGAGGAAUUCUGUGUCGGGAUGGGGCAGUUAUUCGGCUCUGUGAAUGUGGAGGACCUCAAAAUCCUCCACAUGAAGAUUGACGCAAACUGUGAUGGAACUGUGGACCUUCUAGAGUUACUAAACUUCCUGCUUACUCAAAGGACGGGAUCAGAAGGUUUGGAUAAGAAAAAUCAGACCUUUCCCAGACCUAUCAAAAUCAUACCCGUGGAUCACUAUGGAUCCAUCGUCGGUCUGCUAUUCCGUCCCUCCGUGGAUGACAGGGAACCUGAUGGUGAUUCCGAGUUUACAACAGGACAAACCAGGACUUACCAGAAAGGUCAAUACCUCUCCAUCAGCUCAGAUGGUAGGUUCAACUUCUGGACCGACAGCUUUGACGCCUCAUACACAAUUUCGUUAUACAUCAAAUCAAAGACGACACUUCCUUUCUCUCAAGAGAAGAAAAUGCGUGUUAAUGACAUGGUGUACCUCAGAGAACUCAAACAGGUGGCUAUCUCCAGUACUGACAGGGAAUUGUUCUUCUACAAUUGCAAGGAGUUACCUGAGCUGUUGGCAAUCAGUCACUCUCUAAUAGUGGAAGAAAGCAUUGUGAAUGCCAUGAACUACCAGUCCAAUGGCACUAAAGCAGUGUUUUCCUUUGGUGAUACGGAAGGAUAUUUGUAUGUGUUUAUCUCCUACAAAAUACAGGCAAAUGGUCUCUUCUGUCCAAAGGCGUACGAGAGAAUUUCUCUGCGGGAGUACCCCACUGUUUAUGUUUCAGCCCUGUUAGAAAACCCCUCUGGAGACUUCCUGUGUGUUAAAGUCGCCAUCUUCAAUGAUACGUGCAGUCAGAUCCAAUACUUUCCCACGUUGGACUCAUUUGCCAUCUGCGGCAGCUUCUGUAAGACGAUGACCCUCGUUGCCCUCCAUAAGUCAUGCAAAACCAAAGUUUCAAAGAAAGUCUUCAAGAGCAGGGGAGUUUAUGGUUUUUUCGCAUGCGUUGAAUACUCCCCGUCAGCUGAGCGUCUGGUGACGGGUGGUACAGACGGCUUACUGCGGCUGUGGUUACCCGACCAAACCGUGUCCUAUGCACCCCCAUUAACAGGACACGUCAAACCCAUCACCCACAUUUUGUUUAAUGAUAAGGACAAAAUAUUUGUCAGUUUAUCCGAGGACAGGAAUGUACGUGUGUGGUCCGAGAAUGCCUGGCUGUGCAUUCAAAGCUUCUACGUUCGCGGUAUGGGACUGGCCCCGAUCUCCAGAGUCUUUUAUAACACACAUAACAAUGAGUUAGUCCUGGCUAACUCAAAUAUAGGAAAAUGCCUUGGAAGGGGAACAGAUGUUUUCAAAAACAUGUUAACAUCCCAUGACAAGCCCCUGUGCUCUGCACUAUAUCACAGCCUUUUCAAACAGGUCAUCUCUGUUUGCCAGGAUGGUGUGGUGACAGUGUGGGAUAUCCUAACAGGAGUGGCCAUCAUGCAGUUUAAAGUCACUCAGGAUCAGCAUGUGGGGCUCACUGCCAUGUCAUUUGACAAAACAGGGCGCAGACUAAUCACAGUUUCUCAGGAUAGGAAAGUGAGACUGUGGAACUUUAAUGAUGGAACAGAGCUUGGCGUUCAUCCUGUGACCGUGCCAAAGGAGGUGACAGGUAUCGUCUGCAUAAACAAUAGGUUGUUUGUGUCAGGAAGGAACUCCAAGAUCAUUUUUGACCUGGACAUGGAGCGAUAUGACAGCAGAUUUUUGGAGCACGAUUAUUUGGACGACAUUUCCUCCAUGGAUGUGCACGAAAACACACUGAUUACCGCCUCCAGCAAUGGAAAUAUCGUCAUCUGGGACGCCGACACGCUCGAGGCUCUCUACUGGCUUAAUGUCACUAAGAGCCCCAAAACACACAUAGCGGGCAAAAGUGCUCCAGGCCGGACUGGGAGUCUGGCUGUGGAGGAGAAGCCAAAACCUGUCAGAGACACUGGGAGAAUUCCGCUACAUAAAAAAUCUCCAGCUCUGACAGAGAAAAAGACUGGUGUGACUAUCAGUCCUCUCAUUAUAUGUCUGAGGACCAGGGCAGUCAGGGUCGACACAGCCACGCUGCUGACUUCUGCAGAAGGCUACAUCUAUGCCUGGUCUGUUAUUAGCAAGGGAGGGCUGUUAGGAAAGUUCCGGGCUGUGAAUGUUGAAGGAGCAGUCGUUGCCACCAUGUCAACCGAUGUCGCAUUUCAGAUACUACUCACGGGGGACAGUACCGGAAGGAUUUAUCUGUGGGACAUUCAGAGAUUUGGAUUUAGAAAAUGGGCAGACAAAGGGCCAUUUGAGGAUAUAAAUGGCUGGCGUGUGUCACUGUGUCCACCUCCACUGUUGGGCUCCUGGCAGUCCCAUCUUACACGGGUGGUGAGUGUUAUAUGUGAUACCGCUUGUAAAAACGUAAUUACAGCAGGUUUGGACUGCAAUGUCCGGCUAUGGACAAACGCAGGCCGCUGCCUAGGCCUCUUUGGAAGAGAUCGAUGGGAUGCCACACAACUCUGCGCUGAGGAGAAUGCUGACCAGGAACAGGCAGGAAAACCACGCACAGCAGAGACAACAAACAUUAAGAUGCCAUUGCCAGACUCUCACCAUCUCACCAGAGUCUCAUCAUCACCGUCCAUAUCACCACUACCUGACUUUCAAGACCUCUACAACAGAAUUGACGAGGCAACCAGAACGCCUCCGAUUAAGCCGACGGCAAGUGAUGAUCAAUUACAUGCAAGAUUUGAUGCUAAACAGCUCUGCCCUGGGUCUCCGCCAUCAUCACCACCAAUACCUGACCCUAAAAUCUUCGAGGAGAAAUUAAAUGAGUUAACACGUCAAUUGGCUGAACUUCAUGCCUUUGCUAAAAAGGAUAUAGGGUUUCCUGAAAUUCCCAAAAGCAUAGACGGAUUACAGAAGGAAAGUCUUUCGAAGACAAAGUUCAGCUCGCACAUAGCCAGACUAAGUUCAAGCCACACUCACCCCAGACCCCGCUCAUCAGAGGUGGCACUGACCUUAAGCAAAGCUCUCUUCCGACAGCACCUCCAUAUUUGA